UAACAUGUCGAAACCUAUGGUCGAAGGUCGAAACCUAGUAUGAAGCUGAAGAAGAAAGUUCUAUAUCGUAAAUAUUAAUUAUGAUAAAGUAGUUCAGCACUCGGAAUUAUCCUUAACAUUUUAAAAGGAAUCUACUAUAAACGAUAAAGUACUAUAACGUUUAUUAUUUUCGUCAACCGCGGGAUGUUAUCGAAUCCAAUCCUUGUAUUAUAACGAGGGUUUUGAGGAGGAAGUCAUUGGACAAACUAAUGGUUUAUUUUUCUCCAAAUGUCACAAAAGGACGACUCUGAAGAUGACAUCUGGGAAUAUAAACCUCUGGAGAAGAAAAAGAAGGAGAACGAUUCACCGGCUGUAACUGUGACCAAAAGAUGUACUGUCAGAAAAACCUCAAAGAGAGACACUUCUUUCUCUGUCAAGUCAGCUGAUAGCAAAGUCAAGAAAGCUGAAAAUGGAGAUUGUGGGUCUGUUGUUAAUGGAGACAGCAGUUCAGAGGCCCUUGUUCUUCCAUCAAAGUCAUCCACUGCUUGGGACAGAGUGCAGACAGACAAUGCUGCUGCUGAUGAGGGACCAUCCUCUGGAGACUUUUGCCCCAUGUGUCAGAUGCCUUUUUCCAUUUUGGUGGUACAGACUCAAAGAUGGCAUGUUGCUGAAUGUCUUGACACCCCCAGAGACACAUGCAAAGAAUGUCCAGAUGGCCUCCAGUGCUGCUCCACCAUUCCUAACCAUUAUAAGAAAUGCAACCACACCGUCCUGGCCCAAUGUCGAGCAAACGGUGACACAGCCCUCCUCAGUCUGUCCCAACAGGCAGGGACCAGCAGGGGGACGGGCCUCAGCUGUCUCCCAGGGCUGAUACACAAUGAGGAGGAUGGCUCUACUUUAGAGACUUCCCAGGAUAGUGCUCUCAGUGUUUCUGUGUUAUCCACUCACUGUAAUCUCCCUGGAACACCUCCAUCCAAACGUACAAAUGGACUCAUGUUGCUGCGCUCACCUGGCCCAGAGGAUUUAAAGAAAAAGAAAGGCUGGUCGUCCUCUACUAAAACCAAAAAGUCUAUCAGUGCUUCCCAGGAAAUUAAACCAGAGCUGUCAUCCCCUCCUGUGAAGGCAGCGAGUGGAAGAGACACUUGUGACGGUUUAAUAAAAAGUGAACGUUCCCUUGACAACGAUGAUGAAAUAUCUUACUCUCCUCUUUCCGAGUUUCCUGCAGAGAUGGAAGUCAAAAGCAGUGAAUGUCGGAAAGCUCUUUUUAAAAAGGAUACAUUUGAGAAUAAGGAUGAAAACUCAAAGGUGCUGUUUAACGACGGUUUCUCAAGUGACGAUGAAGUUCUCACUCAAUUUUUAUAUAGUUUAGAAACCAAUAAUAAUGUGCCUUCUUCCUCUGACACCCAGCUGGAGUCAGUUACCUCAUCGCCGCCCACUAAUCAGCUAGCUGCUGCAAACAGAGCUCAUUCAACAGGUGCUGUCAGUCAAUGUCAAAGCAGCAUUCAGUCUCCUCAAAGUAUUGUUUUAGAGCGCCUCAGAGAAUCUCUUCUCAGCUCGGAUCAGAGCGUGCAUUUGGAAAACUUGACUGACCGCAGUAUUCAAGUGCCUCCAUCACAAACCUCCACUGUCCAAGGAUCUCAAAAAAUGGCGCCACAGAAGGGCCAGAUCAAGGCAGGUCAGGCGUCCGGUAUGAAGCAGACAGAUAUUGGGGUGUUUUUUGGUCUCAAACCCCUCAAGAAAAAGGAGAAAGAGCCUGAAAGUGGACCAAAUGAACUCAACGCCACCUCUGUUCCAAGGCUGGGUGAAAACUCAGGACAGAGACAACAGAAGGGAGACAGGCAAAGAAAAAGUAAGGCUGCCACAGCUGCAGAGACUGGCUCAGUGGCUGUAGAUACUAGUAAAGCUCAGGCUGAACCAGGUAAAGGUAGGACCAGAGGAUGGGGAGGAAUUAGGUGGCCCAGGAGGAACGCUGAUGGAGAAGUAGAGUUGCCGCGUUGCCCCUUCUACAAAAAGAUUCCAGGCACACAUUUUACCAUAGAUGCAUUUCAGUAUGGGGAGAUCCAGGGCAUCACUGCCUACUUCCUGACACAUUUCCACUCAGAUCACUACGGAGGCUUGACCCAGAAGUCCACAUUGCCAAUCUACUGUAACAGAAUUACAGGGAACCUGGUGAAGAGCAAACUGAGGAUAGCAGAGCAGUACGUCCACAUCCUCCCCAUGAACACCCCGGUCACCGUGGAGGGAGUCACGGUAACCCUCCUGGAGGCCAACCAUUGUCCCGGAGCGGCCAUGUUGCUGUUCCUCCUGCCUGAUGGACAGACGGUCCUCCACACCGGGGACUUCAGGGCUGAUCCCUCGAUGGAGACGUACCCCGAGUUACUCAGCUGCAGGGUGCAGACGCUCUACCUGGACACCACCUACUGCAGCCCUGAGUACACCUUCCCCAGACAGCAAGAGGUCAUCAACUUCGCAGCCAACACCGCCUUCGAACUGGUGACGCUCAACCCUCGUACGCUGGUGGUGUGCGGAUCCUACUCUGUGGGGAAAGAGAAAGUCUUCCUGGCGCUGGCCGAGGUGCUGGGCUCUAAAGUGUGCCUCUCUAGAGACAAAUACAACAUCAUGUGCUGUCUGGAGUCGGAGCAAAUCAAACAACGGAUAACCACCGACCUGAAGGCCGCCCAGGUCCAUGUGGUACCCAUGAUGCACCUCUCCUUCAAAAAACUGAAGGACUACCUGGCGCGCUUCUCUGGGAAAUAUGAUCAGCUGGUGGCCUUCAAGCCCACAGGAUGGACCUUCAGCCAGAAGGUGGAAUCAGUGGGAGAUAUUCAGCCUCAUAUCAAUGGAAACAUCUCCAUUUAUGGUAAAGACUUAUGUAAAACAAAAAAAUUAAACACAUCUUAUUUGUCAAGACUAAUAAACGUACAUUCUCACACAGUAUAAACAUCGAGGAAAAACACAAAA